AUGGCCUCCUUGGCCAGCGUCCCUGCUGAGAUCCUCCUCCUAAUCUUCACGUACCUGGAGUGCUUCGCUGACCUGACUAGUGUCGCCGGCGUCUGCAAAGGCUGGCGCAACGCCGUCCACGUGCGGCUUCGUGCCUCACAGCGAAAGGAGCCGCCGUACCGCCAGCUCCCGUGGCUCCUCCAACCGUCCUACGACGUGCCGCCAUCGACCAUCACGAGCUUUGUCUCCGGCACCACCGGCCACCGGAUCUGCCUCCCGGAGGGCGUCCGUCGGAGGGAUCGCUACUAUUGUGGCUCCCACGAAGGAGGCUGGGUCGCCGUCGCUGCCGAUCGUAGAAGGCCUCACUAUGAGUUCGUCAACCUCAUCAACCAGGCCAGUGCCAGCAUUCCCCUCCCCAACACGCUCCGUUCGCACCCCACGCGCUCUGAGGUGGUGGACGAGAUCCGCGUGGUCACACUCUCCGAUGUGCCCACGGCGGGGAGCUGCAUCGCGGCCGCCCACACCGUAGGUGGUUAUCCAAGCAUCAUUUUCUGCCGGCCGCAUGCGGAUGGCCACUGGGUGCCGCCGCUGAUGGACACCGAGCCGCUCCAGGACACUUUGUAUCAUAGGGGCGCGGUGUACCAAGGCUUCUACGCCAUCAGCAACAUGGACAACCUCUACGUGUUCCUGCCGAGGGAAAUCAACAACGGUGAGACUCUUGUGAUGAGGCAGGUCAUCAUAUCGUUUUCCCCGGCGCUGGCCAUGGGCAGAAGGGUGGUUGCUAGUAACAUCACGCGCUACCUUGUGGAAUCGCGUGGGAAGUUGCUAGUGGUGCUCAGGUAUUCAGGCAUGGCUAUGGGCACAAAUGAUUUACGGACGUUACACUUCAGGGUGUUUGAGAUGGAGCUUAACGAGUUGCCCAACGGAGGCCAUUCAACUGCCUGGGUUGAGCUCGACGACUUGGACGGUCGGAUCAUUACCGUUGCAAGAGGUUGCUCUAGGGCAUUUGAGGCAGCACAGUACAGAGGGUUCCAAGGCGGGAGCAUCUAUUUCUUGGACGAUGCUGCAGUGGGUACAGGUCCAAUGUAUUCUAUCUUCUCCUUCGCCGAUUUGGGGAUGUACUCCAUGGGCGAGACGAAGAUUGAGCGACCAGGCCUGCCUACUCCAGCAUUGCGGGACUGCUUGGAUGGUGAUGGUGCCCUCUUAGGCAGGUCGGCACCCAGGCAUCCAUCGCAGCCCCAGGCGACGGAACAUGAACGCCUGAGGUGGCUGUUCGCGCCACGCAGCAACCAAGCCUGGGAUGGAAGAGCCGAACACCUCCGCAUGCUUGCUGGUUGUGAACCUGGUUCAAACUGUCCGUAUGGCCCAAGAGAGAUCAUGGUUCACACCAUACGUAAUGGGUCACAUGCCACAGAGCUGGUUACAAGCAAGCUAAAGAUAGUGAAUGAGAUUGAUCCCAUAGCAAAUGAUGAAGCAAGCUCAAGCACAUCCGCUGGUGGGGAGCAAGUUGUGCAUGAGACUGUGGCUAGUGUUUGGCCAUUGCUAUGUAAGCCAGGAAACCGUCGCUCAAUCUGGUUUCUGCCGCCCUCAGCAGAUGAGUGGCUUCUGCCGCCGCCUCCAGCAGAUGCCUAG